AUGUGUGAUGACGCGUAUAGGAGCCGUUUCCAUCCCAAUGACGCUGAUAACAAGUGUGCUGGUAGAGAAAAACUUAUGAAGAUGAAAUCCGAAAUUAACGAAAAAUGGCCCAAAAUUGGAGUACAGUUCGAACCUACCUUAUGGUGGACGAAAUAUAGAGAAGAUCAUGCAGAGAAGUUCAAUGAUUCAGUCGAAUUUCUUCAAAACGUUACGGGAAUGAGUCAGGAGGAUGCGGAAGAGAAAUUGCUCAAUGAUCUGAUCCGCAUAACAUUUGUGGAAACGAACUUGAUUGUCAAUGGGCAGCAGAAUGCUGAGGAACUGUUUGCGAACCUGUUACUGGCUAUUAAUGGGGAACAAGAGAUGCCAUUCAAAUCGGCUCAAGAGCUAGCUGAUUUUUGUGAUUCCAUGCCGCUAAACUUUCGAAAAGAUGCGAACCUCUAUCGAAAUACGGGAGUUCAAGGGCGUCGUCUGAUUCAGGAGUUUAAGAGGAAGUUGACGAGAGGAGAUGUGAUUGAUUGCGAUAGUCUGGAUCAGAUUCUUGAAAACUUCCGUAAGACGAUCCACGUGGAUGAAGGAUUGAAAAACUUUGCUGAUCAAGAAGCCCAGUUGGACUACUCCUCGCUGUUUUAUAUUUCAAAAACUAUUCCUGGUUUCGUCUAUGACAAAGUUAGUGGUCGCCUUGGCUUGUCUCCAGACGCCGACAAAUCGCUUAUUCUGAAUGCACCCAUUUUCACAGACACCAUCAAUUCCUCCCACCCACUGAAACUGGAUCUUUCUCGCACUGUAGACGCCUGCGCGAUCAAUGCCUGUACCACAUAUCCGGACCGUCAACAGUUCUAUUUUGCCGAUGAGCAUCUGCGCGGCGUCGGAUCAGCAAUGUUCUGGAAGAAAUCGCCUGGUGAAAAGUCUAUGAAGCCACUGAACAGAACCAGCGUUAUGGAAUCUAACUUCACGAGCAUUCACGGUUGCAUUUCACCCAAUAAACCGGCACUUCAGGUUGAAACAUUUCGGAUUGAGCCAACGAAACUGUGUUUCAUGAAUAAUCUUUGUACAAGAUCUACUGGAAAGAUUAUCAGCAACGCGGGGUGUUUGGUGAAUGCAGAUUUCGAGAGUGUCAACGCGAACAUUAAAUACCGAAAGUCGCAGAGCUUCGAGAAAUUCUUUGUUGUAUAUGAGAAAAUGAAGAAGGAGGAAGCAGCUGACGAUGUAUAA